GAUUCAAUCAUGAGCCAUUCUACUCUAUGGAAUCCUACCAUUGCUGCAGCAGCUGCAUCUGGAGUUCGAGUAUUAGGUGAUGUUCCUCCUCAGCAUGCAGACACUCUUUCUCCGGACACUCUUGCUUUUCUGGCCAUCCUGCACAGGACAUUUAAUGCUCGUCGCAAGGCUCUGCUUGAUGCUAGAGUCGUUCGACAGACAGCAAUCAACAAUGGUGUUAUGCCUGAUUUCCUGCCAGAAACAAAAAGCAUCCGAGAUGAUCUCACUUGGCGUGCUGCACCCCCUGCUCCUGGUCUAGUUGACCGUAGAGUAGAGAUCACUGGCCCUGUAGACCGUAAAAUGGUCAUCAAUGCUCUAAACUCUGGUGCCAGCACAUUCAUGGCGGAUUUUGAAGACUCUAAUUCUCCAACUUGGCUCAACUGUUUGUCUGGUCAGACAAACAUGCGAGACGCAGUUCGUCGCACAAUUACUUUUACUGCUCCAAAUGGAAAGUUUUACAAACUUAACCCUGAUAUUGCUACACUGCUUGUUCGUCCUCGUGGAUGGCAUCUCGAAGAGCAACAUGUCCUUGUUGAUGAUGUUCCCAUUUCUGGUAGUAUUUUUGACUUUGGUGUCUACUUUUACCACAAUGCAAAGGAAACUAUUGCUAGAGGGACCGGCCCCUACUUUUAUCUUCCAAAAAUGGAGUCGCACCUUGAAGCCAGACUCUGGAACGAUAUCUUCAAUCUCUCGCAGGAUAUGCUGAACAUUCCUCGCGGUACUAUUCGUGGGACUGUACUCAUUGAAACUAUUCUUGCAUCAUUUGAAAUGGAUGAAAUUAUCUACGAGUUGCGCGAUCACUCUUCUGGUCUCAAUUGUGGUCGUUGGGAUUACAUUUUUUCGUUCAUCAAAAAAUUCCGCAAUGAUCCCAAGUUUGUUCUGCCAGAUCGUUCAGACAUUACCAUGACUACUCACUUUAUGGAUUCAUAUGUGCGCUUACUCAUCAAAACAUGCCAUAAGCGAGGUGUUCAUGCCAUGGGAGGCAUGGCAGCUCAAAUUCCCAUCAAGGACAAUGCCAGUGCCAAUAAAAUAGCCAUGGACAAGGUCAAGGCUGACAAACUGCGCGAAGUUCGUGCAGGUCAUGACGGCACUUGGGUUGCUCACCCCGAUCUUGUGAUCAUUGCCAAAACGAUCUUUGAUACUCACAUGCCUGGACCCAAUCAGCUGUACGUUCUGCGAGAAGAUGUCCAUGUGACUGCUGCAGAUUUGAUUUCCACCAGCGAUAUCAAGGGCAGCAUCACUGACUAUGGCGUGCGCAACAAUAUCAAUGUUGCACUGCAGUACAUGGAGGCAUGGCUAAGGGGAAAUGGAUGUGUACCUAUUCAUAACCUAAUGGAGGAUGCUGCCACUGCCGAAAUUUCUCGAUCGCAAGUCUGGCAAUGGGCCAAGCAUCAUGCCAAGACCAAGGAAGGCAAGAUCGUUGAUGCCGCGUAUGUUUCGCAUAUUCUUGACCAAGAAUGCAAGUCUCUUCAAGCUGCCUUGGAUCCCAAGUAUGCAUCCAUCUCCAAAUUUGAUAUGGCCAAAAAGCUUUUGGAGAACAGUAUUCGUGGCGCAGACUAUGCAGACUUUCUAACUUCUCUUUGCUACGAUGCUAUUGUGACCAUCAAGAGUAAGAUUUAAUACUUGACCAAUCAGAUUUCAAUGACGACAGUUUACAGCCAAUUGCUAGUUCUUCAUUUCCAAACCUAUUUUAUGCAAUCUGAACAAGAUCUGUUAUGCAAUUUA